AUGGCUUCGACAGAGACGGCCCAAGUGGCAGCCCCGGCGCUUUCUGCGCUUCUUGAAACCCUCAAUUCCUCGCUAGUCACGGCCGCUUCAGCCCUUCCAGCUACAAAUAAAGAUGCGCCCGCAGAUGUUUCCAUCACGCCGCCCCAGGAUGGUAUCUCGCUCCUAGACACAAAGAGCGAAAUUCUUCUCUCUUAUCUUCAGAAUUUGGUGUUUUUGGUCAUCUUUCAGCUGCGACAAGUUCAAUCACAAACAGACCAAGAGGAGUCUGAGAACGUGGCCGACGGCAACCUCCGCGAUGAGGCUGUGAAAAAAUUGAUCGAGCUUCGAACCUAUCUCGACCGUGGCGUCCGACCCCUCGAAGGACGACUGAAGUACCAAAUCGAUAAGGUUAUCAAGGCGGCGGAGGAUUCUGAGAGGAUGGAACGCCCGACGAAAUCGAAAAAGUCCAAGAAGAGCCACAAAUCCGCCGAGGCAGGCAGCGACGAGGAGUCUGAGGGAGAUGACAGUGAGGGGGAUAGUGACGAAGAGGACGACGAGGAAGAGAACGAGGAGGAUAUGGAUGAGAUGGCAUACCGGCCCAACAUUUCCGCCCUCGCCAAGGCCAAGAUCGAGCAGACGAAGCCACAAGACAAGGCCUCGAGGCAGGAGCCAAGUGAUGGCAUUUACCGUCCUCCCAAGAUCAUGCCCACUGCUCUGCCGAGUCUCGAUCGUCGCGAGCGCCGGGAACGCCGACCCCAGCGGUCCAACGUUAUUGACGAGUUUGUCAGCGCUGAGAUGUCAGCGGCGCCAAUGGCAGAACCCAGUAUUGGCAGUACCAUCAUUGCCGGCGGGCGGCAGACCAAGUCGAAGAAAGACAGAGAGCACGAGGCCGAACGCACCCGAUACGAAGAGACCAACUUUGUCCGACUACCUAAAGAGACCCGAAAGGAUCUUGCCAAGCGCGGCGGUCGCCUCGAGGGAACCUACGGCGGUGACGAAUGGAAAGGCCUCACUGAGGGAGCUGACCGUAUUGAGCGUCUCACCCGUCGGUCCAAGAACAGUGGCUCUGCCCUUGAGAAGAGUCGAAAGCGUAAAAACGAGGAUGGUCAACGCAGCGAUGGUGUGGCUGUGGGUGACAUCUUUGACAAGCGGCGCAAGAAGGUUGACACUUGGAAGCGAUAG